AUUCAUAACCCCGUGAAUCUUAUCAUACUUCCUGGUUGUAUAAAAACUCAUACUCUGGCUCAUGCACUAGGAUUUGAAUGUGUAUGAUCGUACACACAAUAUGUACAUUAAUAUUCGUACUAAAUGGGAUUACACCAGCCUUGUUACAGAAGUACAUUGAUCACACAAAUCGGGCAGUAUACCUAAGGUGUCUUCGAUUCCCGGAUGUAAGAUUAGAACUGUGAUUUGAAAUGAGUUCCCAGAUGUUGACAGAGUACUAACUCGACUGUUUGUAUUUGUUUCUUUCCAGUUAGAGCAUCACUACAUCGUAGCCGAGGACAAUGGCGGAUCUAGGCGUGAUUGCGGGAUUCAUAGUGUUGGGCCUUUUCCUCUUGUUGGUCAUCAUAGCUUUCAUCGUUGUUGUGUUUCUCGUGAUAAAGAAACUAAGAUUCCAAAACGAUGAAAUUUUAGAACUGAAUGGACGAAUAGACAAGCUGAAGUCAGUAGAAGAGGGCGGGACCGGGGUGGAGACGGACCCGGAAGUUGUGGUCUCUCGGACGAGAUCCAAACCAAAAGGAGAAAUGAGAACGGACAGUGCAGUGGACAUGUGUGACUCAUACAGUUUAAGUACAAAUGACAACAGUAUACACGGCAAUGAACAUUGCAUUUCUCAAAGUCCCGUGUCGUUCAAAAUCAAACCACAAUACACAAUCAAAGUUAAAAAUCGACACACCCUCAUGUUUGGUUCCCGGACUGCCAUGCCGCAGAUGGUAGCUAUGACGCAAGACUUUUCCCGCGACGCCGACGCUAGUGAUGCUGUUGCUACAGUGGAUGAGAUUGACAUAGAGAGUUGUGAUGAAAGAGAUACGGUGGGCACGCUGUCGCCCCUCUCUCGACAAUCAAUCUGGCAGGGUCGACCGACCUCUAUUCUCAUGCAGACCCCCACAGCAACACCCGACUCGUCUAGCAAAUCUAUGUCCCAAGAAAAGGGUGUUUUCGUUCACAAAAGUAUCGGUAAAGAUGGCGACAUACUUAAGAUGUCAGGUUUAACUUUAGAAAUCCCUCCUGGUGCGUUGAACGAAUCUAAGCUGAUAACUUUAGGAAUCACGUGGGAUGAAGCUCUUCUCCCGAAGUUAAAAAAGAAGCAAGCACAUCUUAGUCCUGUUGUGGUGUGUCAACCUUGUAUACGGUUUGCUAAACCUGUCAAGUUGACGUUUCCACAUUGCGGUGUCCAAGUAAUAAGGGAUUGGAUACCGCGGGUGAUAAAACGUCAGGGUAACCUUGACGACCAGUCGGAAUGGACGAAUUUAACACUUGACGAUUACGAGGAGAGAGAUUUUACAGAAUCUGAUGUAACAGUCAGUCUUAAACAUUUCACAUUGUACACACUGGUAGGAGAGUCUAAGCCAGAUAAAACUGCUGCAAAGAAAGUCAAGUUGAUCGCCUUCACUCCAACGCUUCAAAUGGGCGUCAUGUUCAAAACUAGAAUAUACUGCAUCAACGAUUACGACACAGAAAUCAAGGUCGUUGAUAAAGUGGAAAGCAAGCUAGAUGGAAGCAUGUCUAACGCACCAGUGCCUCUUAUAUUCCAUGACAACGGCAAAGACCUCACGGUCUCGUUGAAGACGGACGUGCAAGGAUGGAAUUUGUGUGGGGAGAAGACACAGGUAAUACACUUUACUAGCACCAACAUAGUAAAUAAGUUAACCCAUAACGGGGACCCACGCCAAGAAUUACACCGGAAGUUAAUAAUCCUACUUGAUCCAAAGACAAAUUCUGACGCUGGUGACUUCCGUGAUUUAGCUUCCCAUAUGGAUUUAGAUGGUGCGCACGUGACUUACCUAGAGAAUCAACCUAAUCCAACAGAGCAAUUGUUGAAACAAUGGAAAGAUGACAAAAAAAGUCUACACGAACUCAAAAAAGUAUUAUCGGACAUUCAUCGUCCGGACGCCGUGGAGGAAGUAGAACUUUUCAUCAACAAGUAUUUGACCGAUUCAUAGGUUAUUAGGAAAAUUGUUCACCUGGAAAAACCCAUCGAUCAUUGAUACUUCUGAAAAUGUCCCUUUUUUUUCUAGAAAUCCCUUAAAAAGUUGUUCCAUACCCUAAACCAUAGACACUUAACGUCACCAUAUCUACUUAACCCACCAUAUCGUUUAACUACACUAGACCCAAACGACACAAUAUAAUCGUAAUUCCACCAGACCUAUCACGACGCUAUAGACUAAUUAAAUACGCCUUACAUGUUCGUUAUUAUAGACUCUAUACAUGACACUAUAGACUUGACAUAUUUCUAUAGACUACAUUAAAUAUUGUUGACGUCACCAUUGACAACAGUUCUCAUAUUGGCGUCAUCGUAAAUUACGUCUCCUGUUUUUUGAUGUCACCAUUAACUACAUAUCCAUGUCUGACGUCACAUAUUAUGGUUGCCGUCCCUGAGGUCAACAUAGUCUACACCUCCCGUCCCUGACGUCAACAUAGACUAAAGGAUUCUCUUACCCUGAACAGGUGUAACUGCACUUUUACCGGUGUGAGAUUAAUAGAAUCUUUCAUCCCCUUGGGGGUGAGACAGGGUUAUCUCAACCCGA